CCGUUCCCACUGCGCUCCGCUUCCUUCACUGCUGCUCCGCUCCCAGCUCCAAAACCCUAACCCCGCGAGCCAGCCCCGCGGCUGGGAGCAGGUCGAGGAGCUCGCCGCUGAGCCGGCGCUCCGCUCCUACGCAUCCGGCUCGCCCGUUGCUGGUGAUAAGAUGGCAAAUGAGUGAUUGGGGUGUUAUGAUUGGUGCAGGUUUUGUUAAGCUUCUUAAUUCUAACUAUUCUAUGCAAAUGUUUCGGUUCAAUCGUCUGCAGAUGCUGGUCAAAGCAUGAACACCUCUCCUGUUUCAAGUUUUAGGGGCCCAUCCUAUUUGCAAUUGCAGCCCCAGUCUAGAAAUUGUGUGGAAAUUCUGGCAAAUGUAGAUGGAUCCGGUGCAAAAGAUUUGUUAGUUGACUCAAGUACAUUUGUUUUUCCACAAGAUGCUAAUCAGGAAUUUUAUAACCGAGCUUUACAGUAUAAUUAUUCAGUUUCAAGUCAGGGAUUUGAAUCCCAAGGUUUUCUGGCGAGUGCUCCAGAGUUUGUUCUGAAUAAUGAUUCUCCUGCUCUGGGAGGAUACCAACAAUUUGACCACUUUUUGAGGUCUCCUCGACCUGGAGAAUGUCAAGGAAUGCAAACACAAAAUAUUGACGUAAAUAUUGGUCACUGGCGUAAACCUUCCAAUGCAUCCUGUCUUGAUCAUACAGACGAAAUAACUUCCUUUGACAAUGAUGAUAGAGCUAUCUCAUUUGGAAGUAGUUGUAGCACGGGAAUUGCGGGUUACCCACAUAGUAGUCCUUUGCAAAGCAAUAACCGCAUGUCGGAGACACAGGAGGGGACUUGGGCUGCUCUUUUGCAAAUGCAAGAGGCUUUGGAAGCGUCCAACAGUGAUAAUGGACUUAACGAAGAGUGCAGUGACUUGACUUUCAAUCAUGGAGAAUUUUCAGGUGGAAAUACCACGCAACAUCAAGUUGUUUGGGACAGUGGCUCUUUAACAAGCCCAUCUUUCACCUCAAAUUUUUUGCCCUUCCCUGGAGAUGCUGAGCCCACCCUCACAAAUGCCUCCACUGUUUAUGGCUUACGGAGCUUUGCUGAUCUCCCGCAUAAUAUGAAUAAUAAUGAGCAACACAGACCAUCUUUUGAGCUCGAAGUGCCCCAUCAGAAAGGGUCCACUACAAGCCAUGUUUAUGAACACCGAGAUGAAAUGCAAACUGCUGAAUGGGGAACAAAUCAUGGUCAGGUAGAAUCUUCUGGUUUCAUGCAAAGCACGCAGAACAGACAAAAUGAUAUAUCACAUCAACUUUCAAGUUCAUUUGUGAACAAUAAGGAUGGAUCUGAGGAUAGUGGCUCAAAAAACUCACACAUUCUGUAUGAAUGCGAAGAGCAAAUGGAAAUUGAUUCGCUUCUAAAUUCAUUUGGUGUAUCAACUGAUUCCUUUUCACAAACAUAUGGAAUGUUCCAGCAAAGUGAAAAUUUCGUCGACCUUGAUAGAAAGGUCAAAUUAGAGGAAAGUGUUUCUGCUACAUGCUUUAUCAAUGCCGUCUCGUAUAUGCAAACUGUGGCCCCCGAAUCAGCUAUAUCUGAUGGCUCUUCUUUUCCUGAACAGUAUGGAUCUACUUCUCAAACAUGUGGUUUAUUUUACACUUCAGCAUCUCAGUGGCAAAAUAUGUCAAAUUCUGGAUUGCCUUUACAGGGUUUUCACAAAAGUAUUAGUGAGCCCAAUUCAAAAAGUAACCUGAAUGGUAAAGGUCCCUUGCUGCCCGCAAGUGACAAUACUUUAGUACAGCAACAACAGAGUGUCACUAGUGAUACUAGAUUGGAAAUGACUGACAGUGUUGCUAAUCCUUAUCUUGAGUUCACUACUAGUUUGGAUAGUCAAUCUUUUCCAAAAGGGGCUUACAUAUGUCAUGAUGGGACAAUGGCAGCCAAAGCUGUACAGUCAGCACAACCUGAUAUGAUAGAAAACUGCUCCUUUGGUGUACAUACUUCAAACAAUACUGUACAUUCAGACAUGCAGCUACCCAUGACACAGACUAUUCAUGUUCAAGGGCCUUCCCUGAGUUUGUCCAAGGACCCCAGCUCAUCAUAUAUUGGAGGAACAGAGCUUAAGAAGGUUGAGCUAACAGCAACAUACAGUACCACCCAGAAUCACCUGGGACUUGAUAAUUCUGAAUGCAAUGGUGACCCCCAGCCCAAGUCUUUUGAACACAAUGCUCCUGAGAAUAUCUGCAUUAAAACGGAUAUAUGCCAACAUGAUGAUUAUAGACAGGUUGUUGGUCCUCAGCAAAGUAUCAUACUCUCAGCAAGCAAACCUUCACACUCAAGUGUUUUGCCCACUGGCAAGUUUCAUGGCAAGGUGGUUUCACAGCAAAAAAAGCGGAAAAGGGCAACGGAAAAUCUUUUAGCGUGGCAUGCACAAGUCAUGAUCGGGUGUGGGAGCAUGCGUCAUAAAAGUAGAACAUUUAUGUUGGACUGGGCUCGUGCUACCAAAAGAUUGGUUGAGAAGCAGGCAGAUGGUGAAAAUGCAACGAUCAAAAGUAGCACCUUCGGGACUCGAGCUCAGAAAAGACUUGUUUUGACGACUAGCCUUAUUCAGUGUAUCCUUCCUGUUGUGCCAGCUAGACUUCUUGAGGCAAAUGCUACUGAUUCUGGUGAAACCAUUGUGUACCACCUUUCUAAACUGGCACUCAGUGACACAUGUGACGCCAUUCUAUCUUCUGUGGAUAACAACAUGCUGCCGAACCAGACCAGCACUUCAGGAAAGGAAGACUCUAAAAUUCUAUCAGAAGUUCUGGAAACCUUUGAAUCAAGGUUUGGCGAGCUGGAAAGUUCGUUGUCAAGCGCUGAGAAGGCAACCACGUUACACGAUCUGGAAUCAGAGCUAGGGUACCUGGAGCGGUUGUCUAUUCUCCAUCAUCUUGCAAAGUCGCAUGGAUAUGCUAAACCACACGGGGGCAACGCCUCCAAUUCUAGGCCCAACCCCUGCGCAACGACUGUCAAGAAACACGUCGGAGCUGCAGCAGCACCAGUGAACUUGCUGAGUAGCAUCAAGUGUCGCUUACUGAACUAGAGCAGUUCAGUGACAACUAACAAAAUCUUCCCCUGUUUUGCCCUGUUUUCAGCAGCCGCGUGGCGCAAUGCUGGACUGCGUAGGAAUAUAGAAGCAUAUGAUGCACUGCCGUCCGUGUUGCCUUCUUGGCUUCUCUUGGUAGGAAAAUUAGAUGUAGUUUCCGGGAUGAAAUGUAGAAGCAUGUUGAUGUAACUUCUCGUGUACUCUGGGAUGAGACAUAGUAGCAAUAUGAUGUCAUUUUGCCAGGAUAUGCUUACUAAAGAAGAUAGUCUUACUACU